AUGGUCUCAAACAUUUACAUAGGAAUCAGAAAAAUAAAAGGGGAAUUGAGAUUAACUGACUUGCAGGAUAUAUUUUUGAAUGAUAUCAAACGGUUAACUUGCAGUUGGACGUUUCAAUUUGGUGAAAACAUUUGUUCCACCCGUUUGUCUGUCAAAAUAAAACCGUUGACGUUUAUUCAUCAACAACCAAUGCUUGUUAAAUAUUUAGUUGGCUUAAUAAUUCCAGCCUAA